UGUGAUGAUAUUCACAAUCUGUCAUGACUUAUUUGUGUUUCACUGUGUUCUUUAUUUCAGCUGCGGCUCAUGAGAAUCCACUUCACAAACACACAAGCAGGAAAGACAACGACACAACGACACAGACAUGUGUUCAAGAGAGCCAACUUCUGCUAGAGUCUUUAGCAGGUUUCACGCUGGUCGUCAGUGCUGAUGGGAUGGUCUUCUACGCCUCCUCCACGAUAGUUGAUUAUCUCGGCUUCCACCAGACAGAUGUGAUGCAUCAGAACGUGUUUGAUUACAUUCAUGUGGACGACCGGCAGGAGUUCAGACAGCAGCUGCAUUGGGCCAUGAACCCGUCACCGCAGAUGACUGACCAACACUUACACGGCAGCACAGGUGAAGAUUUUGUUGUGAGCAGUUUAUUUCACUCCAAUGAGACGGGUGACGUUCCUCCAGAAUUCACCAGCUUCUUAAAUCGCUGUUUUAUCCUGCGAGUUCGCUGUUUACUGGACAGCACAGCUGGAUUUCUGACAAUGCAGUUUCAGGGGCGACUGAAGUUUCUUCACGGUCAGAGGAAGAAGACUCCAUCCGGAAGCAUUCUCCCGCCUCAGCUUGCACUCUUCUGUGUCGCUGUUCCUCUUCUGCUACCCUCCAUCACUGACAUCAAGAUGAAGAACACAAUGAUGAUGAUGAUGAUGAUGAAGAACAAACACAAGAACAACAACAUUUACAAUGAUGAUCAUUUCAGACAACAUACAGCAAUGAGUAACGGCGUGGAGCCCGACGGACCUGUGAGGUCACACGAGCCCUGGACACCGAUCUCCAAAGACAACAUCAAGUACAAGAGUGAAGAUAACUACGAUCAGGACGAGCCCUUGAACUUCUGUAAGUCUGCAAUUAAGUUCUCCAACCCGGAUGACUCGUGGAGAAGCUCCGGCAGGGCCCUCAGGGCACCUCACGUGGCCAACAAUGUCCUGUCCGGGGCCCGCAUGAGCAAACACUUAUCCAAACCAUAUCGACUGUCUCCAGGAUAUUAUAAUAACCGAGUGGACGCGUUUGUUCCAAAGAUGUACGAGAGUCUCACGGAUGGCAUUAAGACCGAGAUCUUCUGUUACGAUGCUCACAGCGGGGGUUUAGACGGUCAUGUGAUCUCUGAGCUGCCUAUAAAAGUGGAGCCGGACUCGGACUCAGAGAAUGGCUGCGAUGUGUACGGACACUCAUGGGAGGCACAAGAGCGUUACCCGAACAGUUACAAUGGUGCUCAGAUGAAAGUGGAGAGCGGAUACGGUGAGCAGUAUUCACCCUGUCAGAGGUCAAAGAGUCAGGCGCUGAUAUAUGGCGGCUACCAUCAGAACGCUUAUGCGGCCAUGCCGCAACCUCUGAAGUGUGUGCUGAACAAAGAGGCAGCAGUUUUGAGCUCACAGAGGUCGAACCACCAUGACACACUUUCAAACUGCACGGACUCUAACGCUGUUUCAUACGUGCAGAACGAUUACAAAACAGGCUACGAGUUCAGAGGUCAAGGGUUAGUUCAGUGCAUCAAACAGGAGCCCCUGGACUCUCCACCAUGGCAAAUAAACAGUCAGAGGAAUGUUAUGAAUAACUAUGUGAUGAACGGCCCACCACAGAAGAUCAGCCCAUAUGUGUUCAUGCAGUGAGUCUCAAACAUCUUUCGUGUAAAUAAACGUGAGAUUCGACAGAGACUUCUGGAAUAUUCCACAGAUCAGCACUUCUCAACUGGUUUUGCUCUAUACAUUUACUGUUUAAGUACAGUGUUAGUACUUAGAACAUCAGAAGUGUGAUCUACCAGCCGGACAUUGUUGUGGUAUUAUUAAUAUCCAAUUUACCAAGAGACAGAUGAAUUCUCACCAAAAUACUGCAGUUUGAUUGGACACACGGCUUUAGACGUCAAUAUUAAAAGAUAAUGGGAAGUGUUUGAUUAUAUUAGUUACUUGUUAUUAUUAAAUUUCAUUGUUUUUUCCUGCUGUCUAUGACUAGGACAGACCUGAGAUCCAGUUUAGAAGCACUAAUCUAAUUCCGAAUCAGAAUGAUCAUUAUUGUCAUUAUACACAGGAACAAUGAAACUCUGUUGGGCUUCUCUCUAGUAAUUAAAUUAAGACAACUAAGUUAAAACAAUAAACAUAAUAACAAUAAUAAAUAAAUAAAUAAAAACAGUACCAAAAUUUGGCAGCAACAUUGGAGAAGACAGCAGAAGCAGCUACAUGUGUUGAAGGUGACUAUUUGCAACAGUAAAAGUGACGUUAGUGCAAGUAUGUUAGUCCUUGUGUGUGUGUGCUCACAUUUUCUUUUCACUGCUCUGUGGGAGGGGUGUGAUGGAGGCCACAGCUCUGGCAUAGAAGCUGUUCCUCAGUCUGUUGAUUCUCAAUUUUAUUGUCUUGAACUGUUUGCCGGAUGGCAGAGGUUCAAACGAGGAGUGGUCGGGAUGUGUGGUGUCUCUGAUUAUGCUGCUUGCUUUCUUUCUCAGUCUGCUGGCAUAGAUGGUUUCCAGUUCAGGAAGCUCUAUCCCAACAAUGCGCUGGGCCGACUUCGCCACAUGAUACAGGUCUUUCCGUUCGGCAGCUGUGCAGCUGGCAUACCACACCGUGGUGCAAUUAGUCAAGAUAGUUUCAAUUGUGCCCAUGUAGAAAAUCAGCAGCAGGUUCUGUGGAAGUUGAGCUUGUUUCAGCUUCAGCUUGAGUCUUUGUUGGACCUUUUUUUUUUACCAGUGUAGUGGUGUUUGGGUCCAUGUCAGCUGUUUUGUAGAAAAGGACUUUAGGCUGUCCACACUCUCCACUACUUCUCCAUGUAUAUGGAAGGGGAGGUGUGCUUUGUCCUUUGUUCUCCUGAAGUCAGUGAUCAUCUCUUUUGUCUUUGAGGUGUUACAGACCAGGUUGUUGUCCAUACACAACUCAGCCAGAUGAUCUACCUCUAGUUUCAUCAUCAUCCAAAAUCAGGCUAACUACUGUGGUGUCAUCUGCAAAUUUAAUUUGAGUUGGAGGUGUAGAUGUGGGUGCAGUAGUGGGUGAAAUGUGUGAAUAGCAUAGGGCUCAGCACACAAAUCUGUGGAGUGCCUGUGUUUAAGAUGAUGGUGGUGGAGGUGUUUACCAAAUCUGACUUGCUGUGGUCAGUCUGUAAGGAAGUCCAUGACACAUGAACAUGGAGAGAAACCAAGGCCCAGAUUGUUUAGUUGUGUUUUGAUGUGUGAGAGCUCGAGUCUCUCAAAGCACUUCAUGUCUAUGGGUGUUAGUGCCAAAGGGCGGUAGUCAUUCAUGCCCUUCACAGCUGAUUUUCUGGGCACUGGAUUUGAGGCAUGUUGUACUGAGAGGUUGAAUAUGUUUGUAAACACCUCUGCAAGCUGAUCGCAUUUAUUUUCCUCAGGAAGAUCCUCACGU